CGAGGCAGCCCCGCCCGUCGCAGCACCAGCCUCGUCGGCCAGUUCCUUGACUUCCAUCGAUGCCCUUCCGGCAGGCCCGACCAUGGGCUCGUCGCAGCCGGUGGGCAACGUCGACCCGCUCGCCGCUGUCGCAGCCGGCUCCGAGGUCGACUGGGCGACGAGCUACCACGGCCUGUCGGCUGUGCCGUUCACGCGCGAGCAGGCCGAUGUCCUCAUGCGCCCGCUCGAGGAGCCCGAGAUCGAGAUCAAGCCCGACGGCCUCCUGUACCUCCCCGAGAUCCUGUACCGCCGCAUCCUCAACAGGGCGUUCGGUCCCGGCGGGUGGGGCAUGGUUCCUCGCGGCGAGAUGAGCGUGCUCAAGAACAUGGUGACGCGAGAGUGGGGGCUUGUCGCAGGCGGACGGCUCGUCUCGGUCGCACGCGGCGAGCAGACGUUCUUCGACCCGAGCGGCGUCCCGACGGCGAGCGAGGGCUGCAAGAGCAACGCCCUCAUGCGGUGCUGCAAGGACCUCGGCAUUGCCAGCGAGCUUUGGGACCCGGUCUUCAUCCGCGCGUUCAAGAAGGCGCACUGCGUCGAGGCUUGGACCGAGCACGUCGUGAGCAAGAAGAAGCAGAAGCGCUGGCGCAAGAAGAAGCUCGCUUUCGAGUACCCGUACCAGGAGGCGGCUCGUUGAGUCGUCUCUCCUCCCGUCCCUCUCUCUCUCGCAUGCCCUCCUUUCGCCUUUCUCUCUCUCUCUCUGCACCUUGUCCUUUGUCGCCUUUCGUCGCCCGAGCUGAGCAGGAGCUCUGCAAAGCUGCCGUUCCCCUUUC